AUGAUGCAUACGUCCAUGCCAGAGCUUCACUCGUGGAAUCCAGACGACCGAUGGUACUUGGAGGAUGAGGAUCAUCUCGAUGCGUCGGAUCAUCAUAGUGAGGUCGUUACCAAUGGACCACGACAGCGAUUCGGAGAACUGACGGAUCGUCCAAGAUUCUUUUUGGGAGGAAGUGACCCCAUUCGGCCAACGGGCCCGAGACGAAAGUUGAGGGCUUCGUGGUUGGAGAAUACACCACCCGCACUCACUCCGAUCCCCAAGCCAACGCGCAUCUGGAAACCCCCCUCACGAAAGACCAAUGAUGGUUCAUUCCAACAGCAUCAACAUGUCCUGUCCAAAAAGGCAGAACCCAAAGAAGCUGACGGCAAGAAAAAGGCAGCACGAAAGGUCAAGGAGGAGACCCAUCAGGAACACAGAGACCAACCCGAAGAAACAACCUCUGAACUCAAAGAAACUGAGUGUCCCGAAAGGAGUGUGGUCAACGAUCACGGCAACGGUGUGACACGGACGGACACAAGCUCGAAAGAGAAUGCCGCACCACCACCGAGACUGGCGAAUACCAAGACACCGCAAUCUGACAACAAAGAAACCUCUGUUUCCUCCAAGUCGAAAACGAACAAGAGGCGGAAAUCCAAGCAAGGUGACAAUAAGGCGAAUCCCGGACCAACGGCCAAGCCCAUGGCCAAACCUCGAUUUGGGACCAACACGAGACGCACGUCUGCUGCCAAAAAGCCAGUCCCAAAGGAUGUCACACAGAGCGACCCAAAAAUUGCCUGCUCCUCCAAGGAGCUGCCUCUUGACGACGAAUCCUUGCGCCUGUCGGACAUAUCAUCCGAUUGCGAGAAUGAAUCUGAACCCAAGAAAACCUUUAGAUCUUCCUUGCUGCAUCAUACUACCAGAAACUCAGCAUCGUGCCCAGAGAUCAAGACGGUCCGAUGGGCUACCAAUCUUGAAACCAGAAUGCCUCAGAGUCCACUCAAGACAGACCGUGUCACGAAUCAAGAGCCCGCGAGCAAUGAGAGCCACUCUGCAAAAUAUGAAGCCAUCAUCCAACAGCAAACCAAAACACCAGAAAGUCCACUCAAGAAAACCAGUGUGAGAGACACGGCAACUCUGGAGCCCACAAGCAAUGGCAGUCGCUGUGCAAAACCUGAAACAAAGAUACAACAUCAAACCAAAACGCCUCCUUCAACUCCACUCAAGACAGACCGUGUCAGCAAUCAUGAGCCCACGAGCAAUGACAGCCACUGUGUUAAACAUGAAGGCAUCAUACAACAGCAAGCCAAGGAGAUUGAAAGGAUUCGAAAGGAGAACGAGCUGUUGAGGAAUCAGCUGGCGGAAUCUCAUAACAAAGCUGCCAAGUUGGAACAAAAACUCAAUGCAAUCAAAUCAAUGUGUCUCGAAGACUAG